AUGGCUGCCAAAUUCCUCACCACAGCUCUCCUAGCUGGGACAGUCCUCGCUAAAACAGAUCUCUCAGGCUGCACAACCUACGAUACAGUCGUCAGCAAUGCCGAUGGCAUGUACGCUACGAGAAUCUGGUACGUCCCCGACUCGGGCGAGAUCUGCGAUUUCCUCGACUGCGGCGGUGGCCGAGCUCCUCCCAAGACCACCGUCCCUGGAUGUGCUGCCUACGAAGGCACAGAGACAUACUCUCCUCUCUUUAUCGACCCCAAGACUCUUGGUUCUGGUCCUAUCAAGACUGGUGCCGCUAGUGAUGUGAGCGCGUCUGCUACCAUCACUGAGGCGCCUACUACUCAGACUGGUGCUGCCACUGAGGCUACAUCCGAGGCUGCUGAGACAGAGUCUGAGGCCGAGAGUGAAUCUGAAAUCGCCAGCAAGCCUAUUUACUCUACCAUCCGCAGAGCCAACGACACAGGUGCUUUCAACACACACUCUACACCCGGCCAUGCGACUCUCACUGCUUCUGCCUCUGCUUCCACCGGAGCCGGAUCCGGUACCGCAUCUUCCGGAUCCGAUUCUGGCUCCGCUGCCUCCGACUCCGAUUCCGCUUCUACACCGGCGUCUACCGUUUCCACCGCCGGUGCCGCGAUGCCCACAGCCGGUGCUUACCUCGCUCUCGCGGGAGCUGCCAUCUACGCUGGAAUGCUGUAG